CAGCACCGCCACCCUCUUCCUCGCUUCACAGUUCUACGAAGUCGCAGGUUGGUUAUUCUCCUUUUCCGUUUACAAUGUCAAACCCGGAUCCGAAACCCGACUCGACUCCACCUAAUUCGAAACCCGACCCUGAACGCCCAAAACCUUUCAAAACCAAUGACAUCGAAGAAGAAGAAGAAGACGAAGACGACGAAAGCGAGCUCGAAGAUGAUGAGAACCAAAGCGACGACGUAUUCGGAGAACCGAACCGCCCUAAACCGCAAGCACGGGAGGCUCGAUUCCGUGCGGAGAAACUCAAAAUGGACUCGCUGCUACAGCGAAUGCAGAGCGGUCCCGUUUCCCUCCGAGUCCACGACGUGAUCAUCAAAGGGAACACGAAAACUAAGGACCACAUCAUUGAAGCCGAGACCGAGGAGUUGAAGAGCGUCGGCUCAAUGCAAGAGCUCUUAAAAGCGUCACAAUUGGUGAAUUUGCGGCUCCAAGCGCUUGAAGUUUUCGAUUCAGUGAAAAUCACGCUCGAUUCGGGCCCGCCGGAACUGCCCGGAACUGCUAACGUGAUUAUCGAGGUUGUCGAGACAGCGAGCCCGCUUUCGGGACAGAUUGGAGCUUAUACGAAAGCAGAGGCUAGAUCUUCUACGGUGGAAGGAUCGCUCAAGUACAAAAAUCCGUUUGGUUAUGGGGAUCUUUGGGAUGGUUCAUUGGCAUACGGCUGUGAUCACUCUGCAGAGGUAAGUGCUGGCUUGUAUUUGCCCAGAUUCAAAGGACUGGUAACUCCUGUCACAGCACGAGCAUUCUUACUAUCCCAAGAUUGGCUGAAGUUUUCUUCUUACAAAGAGCGAUCUUUGGGCCUCUCUCUUGGCCUGUUUUCUACUACACAUCAUGAUGUGGCAUACAACCUUGCAUGGCGAAUGUUGACUGAUCCAUCACAAAUGUCAUCAAGGUCCAUAAGGAGGCAGCUUGGACAUAAUUUACUUUCUUCUUUGAAGUAUACAUUUAAAUUUGAUAGGAGAAAUUCAACUCUGAGGCCAACCCGGGGUUAUGCUUUUGUUUCUACCACUCAGAUUGGUGGCCUUGCACCUGAUAGUCGGAGCUUAAGAUUUUUGCGGCAGGAAUUUGAUCUUCGUUACGCUGUUCCUCUUGGAUUUUAUCGUGCGGCUCUUAAUUUUGGGAUUUCUGGUGGUGUUGUCUUUCCAUGGGGAAAUGGGUUCUUGAGUAGGCCAUCAUCCCUGCCAGAGAGAUUCUUCUUAGGUGGCAACAUAUCUCCAGUUUGCACUGUUGGAGGGCCAACGGCAUUAUGGGGAUUUAAGACAAGGGGAUUGGGUCCAACAGAGCCAAGAAGACAGGUUAAUGAUGAAAACGCUGAUCCUUCUGGAGUAGAUUUUCUUGGAGGAGACCUUGCUGUUACUGCUUUGGCAGACCUGUCUUUUGAUCUUCCAUUUAGGUGGUUUAGAGAAAAAGGAAUCCAUGCUCAUGUUUUUGCAUGUACUGGUAAUGUUGCCAAGUUAACAGAGAAUGAGUAUCGAAAUUUCUCUGUUCAGAAGUUUGUAGAUUCACUCCGAAGUUCUGUAGGAGUUGGACUUGUUGUCCCUACAAGUUUAUUCCGCAUGGAGCUUAACUACUGCUAUAUACUGAAGAAGUUUGAUCAUGAUCGGGCAAAAACUGGCUUUUGGCUUACCUUCUCUGGUGCAUCAUAGAAUUUUGGACUUGAUAUAGGUGUCCGGCACCGUUGAGGCAACACUUAAAGCCUGUCAUUCAGGCAAUUGGGUUUUCCCGUACCUCGGAAAUUCUGCUUCACUCCUCGGCAUAGUUGUUUUGGAGUAUCGUUGAUUUUUUCUGUUGUCAAGUGUAGUUUUCACAUUUAUUUGGACAAAGUUCAGAAGGCUCACUUUUCCAGCUCAAGAGUAUAAGAAAAUAAUGGUAUUUGAGUUA